GAAUUUAACAUAUACAAUAUCUUUCAGGUUACUCACGUCUAGGUUGUGUGUGUAUUGGACGAGUUGUUGGAGACAGGGGUGGGACAGCGAUGGAUUAAUCGUAGAUUGCAGCCUUGGUUAACCUAGCAAUAUGGCAUCUGGCGAAACGACGCGCUUAGAUGGGUCUAACCUGCGUGUACCAGGGCGGGGUGGAAAGCGCCCUCAUCCUCCAGUAGUUAAUGGUAUAGAGUCCACUGAUGAGGAAAUAAACUCUGAUUACUUAUGUCCUGUUUGCUUGGACUUGAUUUCAGAGGCACACAUGACAAAAUGUGGUCACACAUUUUGCCGUGCGUGUCUCGUGCGCAGCAUUGAAUCAAGUAAACGGUGUCCAAAGUGUAACUUUGGUGUUGACAGUGUAGAUCAUAUAUUUCCUAACCAUACUGUGAACCAGCAGAUACUGAAACAGAGACGUAUUUCUGACCUACAAGUGGCUUUUGCAAAAAGAAAUAAAAGUGCAGCACUUAGUGAGUUAAGAAAUUAUUUAAGUUUUGACUCCUCUUUCUUUGGGUUAAGUGAUAUAUCCCAGAUUAUAUCUAUUUUGCAAGAAAAGAAGGACCAACUGGAAGCAACAUCACUGAGAAACAAGUAUGAUUUGAUGAAAGAUUUUCUUGCUGAGUUGCGUAAACAUAAGGAGGAACAGUUGGCAACUAUCAGCAGGGAACUGAAACUGAUAAACCGGGACAUGUCGGGUGUACAGACAACCCUAGAAAAUAUGACACCUUACAGUGGAAACAUGAACAAUUGUGGCAGUAAUGUUCCAAAUUCUCACGGAGUCUUCUUGAAAGAGAUUCUUGAUGAAGAUUGCCCAAGGACAUCCAAUGGAACUAGGGAUAAUCAGGCACUUGCCAAAGUGGAGGAAGGUUUCAAUGUACCCUUAUUUCAACAAAAUUUUCCUGAAAGUUCAACCUUAGACUCUAAAAGGAAGCGCAUGCAUCUCCAUUUUGAUGAGUUAGUGGACCGUUAUUUCAGUAUGCGUGUUCCAGGUUUUAGUGAUGCUGGUGUGGGUGAGGAUGAAGGAAAUGGUCUAGAGGAAUUUGGUGAGUGCAUUAGUAAGUUCACCCAGUACAGUGCCAUGCGACCAUUAGCUACUAUAAAUUAUAACUGUGAUAUGUUUCAUCAGUCCAGUAACAUUGCUUCUAGUAUAGAAUUUGAUAAAGACAGUGAGUUUUUUGCUGUUGCAGGAUUGACUAAAAAAAUACGCAUCUAUGAUUAUGGGACAGUGAUAAGGGACACAGUGGAUUUACAUUAUCCAUGUUCAGAAAUGGUGUGUCAGUCUAAGAUUAGUUGUGUCAGUUGGAGCAGUUAUAUGAAGAACAUGUUAGCCAGUAGUGAUUAUGAUGGCACUGUGACUGUUUGGGAUGCUUUUACGCAUCAGAGACUUCAUGUGUUCCCAGAACAUGAGAAAAGGUGCUGGAGUGUCGAUUUUAAUAAAAUGGAUACGAAACUUAUAGCGUCAGGCAGUGAUGAUCAUAAAGUAAAAUUGUGGUCUUUAGACAGGGAAAGAUCCCUAACAUCCUUGGAAGCUAAAGCUAAUGUGUGCUGUGUCCAAUUUAAUCCAUCCAGUAGGUAUCACUUGGCUUUUGGGUCAGCUGAUCAUUGUGUUCAUUACUAUGAUCUGAGAAACAUGAAGGAAGCUAUUAAAGUGUUCAAGGGUCACCGGAAAGCAGUGUCUUAUGUUAAGUUUGUGUCAAGUGAGGACAUUGUGUCGGCUUCAACAGACAGUCAGUUGAAAAUCUGGAAUGUAAAUAAAUCCCACUGUGUGCGAUCACUUCAAGGACACACAAACGAAAAGAACUUUGUUGGGUUAGCGACAGACGGUGAGUAUGUGGCUUGUGGCUCUGAAAAUAACUCCCUCUAUGUUUAUUACAAAGGGCUUUCCAAGGAGCUGUUUAGCCUCAAGUUUGAUCAGAGGAAAUGGGUUCUUGAUCCUGAGCAAAAUGAAGAAGAGUCUUCAUUAUUUGUCUCAGCUGUCUGUUGGAGGAAAGGUUCAAACAUUAUUGCAGCUGGAAAUAGUAAAGGGAUAAUCAAAAUUUUGCAAAUGGUGUAGUAUUUUUAACAUAUUUCGUUAAAAGAUUAUGAUUGUGUUAUUUUGUUAUACUAAAGUUCUGGUUUGGACUUGACUGACCACUACAUAAUAUAUGCCACUCUAGUGUGAUAACUGAAAGAAGGUUUUUUGAUAUUUUGCUGUAGUUGUAACUAGUAUGAUUUACUUUUAUCAUUAGGUUAACAAAGGUAUGUAGUGUUUAGUGACCAUUCAGAUAUGAUUAUGAUCAGUUCAGAAGGAAAUAUUUGUCAUAAGUCCAGGGUUCUUAAUCUUAUUUUCAGUUUCAGAAGCAUAUUGAUAUGUGAAGUAUGUUUUCUUAGAAACAUAGUUCUCGCAUAAUUCUUCUGGUAAUGAUUUUUUAAUAUGUAUAAAGUUUAGGGCUUUCAGUCUUUUUUUCUGUCUUUGCCUAGAUAUUCAGAAAUUGUUCUUUGAAAGGAAUAGAGCUGAAAGAUACGUGUUGCAUAAACUGUGGGAUUUGAGGCUAUUUGGAAAAGUUUUUCAGUCCAAAAGAAACUGCAGUACAGUAACUGCCUUUUUUAUAUCCAAAGUAUAGAUAUUAUUUAAAUUGCUUGUAGUUCAUUACAUAAUUCUUCAAGUCCCUCUUUUUUUUUCUCUUUUUUUUUCCUUCAAAAUAUAAAACAUAGAUUGUCCAAGUGUUAUAGAAAAUGCAAGUGUAGUUUUAUGUUAUAUUCAGAAAUUACUUAUUUUUGUUGGGGCUGUAGAGAAGGAAGAUGCUGGAAUUUAGUUUACCUUUUUAGUGAAUAGGGAAAUACUUUAUACCUAUUGAUUGAGAAUAUUAAUAAAUUGCAUUCUAUCAUUGAUACAUAUAUAUAAAUAGAUAUUUAACAGAUGUUUUAUUAUAUUUUAUAUGGUAUCUGAAGACCAGAGUGUCUGUGCAAAGUUUGAAGAAAGUGUAAUUCUAUUUCUUUUCCCUUUGUUUAAUUGUGAUUUGUACUGAAUGUUUUUGUUUCCAUUUUUCAAGCCUUGACUUUUAUAGAGGCUUGUUGAAAAAAUAUGGGAAAUUUUGCUUGGGAAUUUACCAUAUAGUAUAGUAGUGUACAAUAUACCAUCAUCAUUGUGCUGUACAUUGACAUCGGUACAUAGUUUUUGCCACUUUUAAAUUAUGAUAAUUUGAGGUGAAUGAAGAUGUUAUUUAUCCACAGGUGCAUUUUAUUUUUUUUUCCAUUUAUACAAAAAUAUUAUCAAGGCUUUACUAAUGUUAUGAAUGGUUAUAUGAUGCAAUGAAAAUUGCUUAUUUGGUAUUUAACGAGAUUAUGAUAUUUUAUUAAUGUGAAAUUUUGUAUAAGUAACUUACCAGGUAAUUACAUAACCAAGUUUCUAACUCGCAUGGCAGCUUAAAAUUGAAAUUCGCAAAAAAUUGAAAUUCGCAAUAGCACUUUUUUUUUUCCCCGUGUAGGAGACAAUGCCUCGUCUACUUUCGGGGAAGGCUGGAUACACCACAACUGAAUAGCUCAAUUUGUUUCUGCCAGUCAACGACUGAACAUUCAGCCAUCCUAAGCAGCUUUCUUUUGGAAUUGAUUACUAGAUGGUCCCUUGGUGUCUCUGUUCGGUGAUGUACUAGGUUAUUUUUUGGUAGCCUCCUUGUAAUUUUAAAUAGCUUAGACUAGACUUUAUUGUGACUUCUUGAUGUUGACUACUCGUGAUUGUGUCUGACACUAGUAGUUCUAGUAUUAGGUUUUCCAGGAAAGCUGCAAGACUAGUAUGACUAAAGUGUCAUGACUCAUACAAUUUGCACCAAUUAUAAGGGACAGACCUGUUCAGUUAUUUUGACAUGUCAAGAAUGUAAGGACUGGGAUCAGGGAAAAUGAAAGACCCUUAAGGCACAAUUGGAUAAGAACGUGACAGGAAAGGGAAGGCAGCUUUUAGAGCUGAGGCUACGAAUGUAUCUACCAUGCAGAGUUCUGCUAAAUCGGACUUGGUCGAUGCAUCUGUUCUGUCAUCCACCUUUUCAGCCUUUUUCCCCCAACCAGUCCUCCGACUAUUCCAAUGUCUCCCUUGCCAGGCCCUCAUGUUUCUUAACCCAAUGCCAUUGCCAGCCUUGAAGCACAUGUAGUUCAGAAGUUUGGGCUCAUAAUAAAUAUACUAUGGAACAAAGUGCCUCAGUGAAAGUCCUUAUGGACAAAUAUAAUGUUCCUAGUGUUAUUGUUAGUGCGAGUGCAGUGUUUGUGGAGGUGGUGUCUUAUAUGUCCUGCUGACGCUGCUAAACAAAGGUCCCUGUCAGACUCCCAUGCACUAGGGAGGAAGCUUACUAGUAGUUCAAGGAAAGUCGGUGGGGUUUUCCCACGGGUAGGCGCCUCCUCAGCUGACCCUGUUGUACAGUCCCAGGAGUUGGCGAACAGCCAUUGGAAAGAUGUCUGAGAACCAGUGCAUGAUGUUUCCUCUGAAUCUUCGAGUUCAGAAGUGGACAGUAGGUGCCAAAGGCACUAUUAUGAAGGUUCACGCUCUUUGAAGAAGUGAGUUACGGACCCUGCAAACGUAGCAAAGAUAUGGAAUGCAGUCCUUUAUCUUUAUGAAGUUUUUGGGAAGUCCAGAACACACUUCUCCAGAACAUUAUUUGUUGUCUCCUAAGCACUCCUUUACUGCCAAGAGGUGCUCUCAUUUGGCUUCUAAGCGCUCUUUGGAUUCCUACCACCCAUCCACAGUUUGCAGCAACAAUAGAACCCCCAGUGCCCAUCUAUUAAGUGCCCACUGCCAGCUCCUAAGUGCCAGACACCAGCCCCGACUUAUCUGGCACCAACUGGAAUGUGCUGCUCAAGCAUCGAGUGCCCAGAUUUGUCUUAUUCUUUACCAACAUUGUCCACUAUGCCUCAUGGCUCUUCCUUGGAUCCCAUUCAAUGGCUUUUAGACAAUAUUAUGGGCUUGCUCAAGAAGAAUUCUUCAGCUACUGAGAACCCUACCAACUUUGGUCUUUUUGUAAUCUCCUCGAAUGAAGAGUUCUUUGUUCAACCACCUGCUAGACCUUUUGCUAGCUUGCUAAGAUAUUUCUUAGUAGUGUUCCUGUCCUUUUUCACUCCGGCAACUCAGGCUUCUCCUGCUUUUGGUUUUUUCAUAUGAGGAAUCAGCAGAUGGAAUCUUCCAAGCUUCCCAAAAUGGUGUUGCCCUCUUCCUCUAGAAAAGCCUUGUGGAAAGUUGACAUUUGGCUCUGACGAGAGAGCAAGGUAAGGUGUCCUACACUCCCUCAUGUUUAGUGAGCAUGAGAUAUAAUUCUUACGCUACUGGAGAAGUAUCUUCCCUGGGGAUAGCUGCCUCUUCCCAGGAGGACUUUUCAUGCUUAAUUUAGCCUUCAUCAAGAUGCUUGGUCUUUUCCUCGGAUAAAAUUAUGUUCUUGGCCACAGAAGUAGACCACUUUGUGAAGAAUAUCUUCUGGACUUUUAAAGUUCUCAGUUUUUAGGUUGGACAAUUUGGGCGCUGGCUGAGAAAAUAGAGGACUGUGUAGACCUUUCAGAAGAACUGUCAGCAGAUUGGUUGGGUGCCCUCUCUUGUGUUGAUAAAGCCAUUAGGGAUGGCUCUAUGGAAUUGGCCUCAUUGUUUGCGAAUGGAAUACUCAAGAAGGGGACACUUUGGUGUUCAUUCACCUCUAAAGGAGUGACUGUCUCACAGAAGUCUGCACUUCUGUUUUCCUCCCUAGAUCGCAACCACUUGUUCCCUCAAUCUUUACUGUGCAAGAGAUAGCGUCAUAACUUCAGAAAAAAUCCAUCCAGGAUUUGUUGGUGCAGUCAGCCAAGCACCCUAAGGAUUCAUUGACCUUCCAAGGGAAGUCAGCAUCACCUACAACUACAUCCCUUUCAGGGUAAAAGAGCGAUUGACAUGCCCUGCCAAAAGAACCUCUACAAGAAAUCUCUCUCAGAAGUGAAAGCACUGUCCUCCGUGUCCCAGUGCGAGCAAGGUUCUCCCAUUUUUGGUGAGAAUGGGAAGCCAAAGGCGUUGAUCAGUGGGUGUCACUGGUAUUAACCCUUAAAUGCCGAAGUGGUAUUUUAAAAAUCGUCUCCCGUAUGCCGGCGGCGUUCGCGAUUGAGCGCUGAAGCAGAAAAAAUGUUUUUUUCAAAAAAUCACAGCACGCUUAGUUUUCAAGAUUAAGAGUUCAUUUUUGGCUCCUUUUUUGUCAUUGCCUGAAGUUUAGUAUGCAACCAUCAGAAAUUAAAAAAAAUAUCAUUAUCAUAUAUAAAUAUUGUGAUAUAUGACAGCGCAAAAAAAAAUUUCAUAUAUAAUUGUAUACAAAUCGUGCUGUGAGCAAAACGGUUAAAGCUAACGAGUUAAUUUUUUUCCGUUGUAUUGUACACUAAAUUGCGAUCAUUUUGGUAUACAACACAUUGUAAAACAAUCAAGGCACACAGAGAAAAUAUUAUCACAAAAUGAUGCCUGAAUUCGUAACACGCCGACAUGAAAAAAAAGCUGUUUUCAAAAAUUCACCAUAAAUCGAAAUAUUGUGCUAGAGACUUCCCGUUUGUUGCAAAGUAAAGGUAAUUGAUUGAAUAUUACUAGACUGUAAGUGUUGUAGCUUACAAUUGCAGUUUUCGAUCAUUUCGGAGAGUUAAAGUUGACCGAAGAAUGAAUUUUUUCUAUUUAUCGUUAUUUAUAUGAAAAUAUUUCAAAACUGAAAAAAGCUACAACCAUAGGUUGUUUUUUGUUGUAUUAUACAUGAAAUUGCGCGCAUUUUCAUAUAUAAAGCUUUAUGUAACGGCUAAUUUAAAAUGGUGCAAACAUUACGAGUUUUAGCUUACAAUUGCGUUUUUCGACCAUUUCGGUCAAGUCAAAUUGACCGAAGGUUGAAAUUUUGGCACUUAUCGGUAUUAUAUGAAAAUAUUUCAAAACUGAUAAAAGCUACAACCAUGGGUUGUUUUUAGUUGUAUUCUACAUGAAAUUGCACACAUUUCUAUAUAUAAAACUUUAUGUAACGGCUAAUUUAAAAUGGUGCAAACAUUACGACAAUCGGACGAAAAAAUUUAUGAUUUUUUCGGAAGAGUUAUUGUGCGGAUGUAAGGAAAAAGUUUUUUCAUAAAUUCACCAUAAAUCGAAAUAUUGUGCUAGAGACUUCCAAUUUAUUGCAAAAUGAAGGUAAAUGAUUGAAUAUUACUUGAAUAUAAGAGUUUUAGCUUAUAAUUGUGUUUUUCAACCAUUUCGGUAGUCAAAGUUGACCGAAGGUUGAAAUUUUGGCACAUCGUUAUUUAUAUAAAAAUAUUUCAAAACGGAUAAAAGCUACAACCAUGAGUUAUUUUUUGUUGUUGUAUUCUACAUGAAAUUGCGCACAUUUUCAUAAAUAAUACUCCAUGUAACGGCUAAUAUAAAAUGGUGCAAAAAUUAUGUCAAAGUGACGAAAUAAUUUCAGAGAUGUGUCGCUGAUACUUUUUAGUGCGAGAAGAAAGAAAUUCGCGCUUGCGCGCCUGAGUAACAAUUGUAAACAAAACAACGCCUUGAUCCGUGAGCCUACAGCAUCCCCCAAGGCAUGUGAUUCAAAAGUUUUUGCCUAGUAGGCCUAUAAGUAUUUUUCCAUGAAUUUUUAAAAAGACUUUUAUAUCGACGUACCAUACAUCCAAUCGGCACCCAACAGACAAUUUAUAUCGACGUUUAAUACUUCCAAUCGGCGUUAAAGGGUUAAGAGAAGGAUACUCCUUUCCAUUGAGGGAGAAUCCUCUUUCUGUUUCAGAGCCCGUAACAAAUGACCAGCAAAAUUUGUCUGGUUGUUUGUUUUUAUGGUACUGUGCCCAGGGCAAGGGCACUCCUUUAUGGCUUUGUAGCCAAUGGACAACUUGAGCUACAUAACUUGUAUGCACUUUUUAUCAUUCAGAAUACGUACUACUUUGCUACAUCGCCCCCACUAAGUUGAGGCACCCAAUGGCCAUAUAGUCACGUCACUACAGUUAAGAUGAGUGCCAACCAGGGGCACUAUCUUCUUGCAGCAGCUCUCUCAACAGGUAAGGGUACAUCAAAGCACUUUCACAAGUACUCAGGUUUUCAUCCCAGUUCUUGAUUAUUAACUUACAAAUGUAGGGAUUUUCACUAUGUUCAUUCAUCCCACUGCCUUUCAAUGUGGGAUUUAGCUAUAUAGAUACUUGGUAAGUUACUUAUAUAAAAAUGGCAUUUUUAUAAAAAUUAGGUUUUAUUAUAUAUACUUACAUAUAUAUACUUACUAAUUAAUUACAGAAUCAAAGCCCUCCCUUCUCCCCUCUUAUGGGCUCAGUGCAUAAACAAAUUGAGCUAUGCAGCUGUUUUGUACACGUCCUUCCCCAAAAAGUGGGCAGAGCAUUGUCUACGACACAAACGAAAAGACUUGCUACUGUGAAUUUCAAUUUUUAGGUUCUGCAGAAGUUAGAAACUUAGCUGUGUAAUUACUUGGUAAGUGUAUAUAUAUAUAUAUAACUUUAAUUUAUUAUAAAAAUGUCAUUUAUUGAAAAUAUUUCUGCCAUAAAACUAAAGAUUAUGAUAAGUUUGAAAGUCCUUUUUGAUAUUCAUGGGGUUACAUAUACAUCAUAAUGAUCGUAAAUUGUUCAGAAUGUAUCCAGCCUACCAGUUUUGUUACAUUACUUUUCAUAUAUAUGAUUAAAGAUUAACAUAGAAUGUUUAAAAUUAUUUACUGACAGAUACAGUGAAGUAUGACUCAUCAUUCUUAAGUUAUCUUAUUUCAUAUCUUCGGAAUAAACCAGAGAUAUCUUUUAAUACAGUCACAUUUUAAGCUUUUAGAAAUCCUAAAGGAUGAUGUUCUUAGAUAAUGAGCAUAACUUGAGAAGCAUUGUAUUGUAAGUAUAAUUUUUUAAACGAAUCUUGCCUCUCCAUUAUAAAGCUUUUACUUUCACGCCAGCGAUAGUAAAAGCUAUUCAGCACAAUGGAGUGGUAAGUAUUUAGAAAAUAAAUUAAAUUAUUUAUAUACUUUGGAUGUUUUGUAGAGGAAUGAAAUACCAGAAACGUUCAAGACAUUAUGACAUUAUGCAGUUCAACUUCUUGUAGAUGUGAUCAUAGCAGUGUUAUAGUAGUAUAUACUAGUGUCAGAUUUGAUUUUCCCAAGAUCAUUCACAUCGUACUGUAUUUGUAUAUACAGUGGUCUUUCGGCUGUGUACCAUUAAGUAAUCACUCAGUGUUUGGUACAGUUUACUUUUCACCAAAUAUGUACUUAGUUCUUAUGCCUCAUAAAAAUCUCUUCAUUGAUUGCUGAUUGCUUAGAAUAUCAGAUAAUCUCCACUUCAUAAGAGGGAAGAGAAUGAAUUAUCAUUUUACCACGAACAAUUAAUAGAUGUUUAUUACUAUUCAAUUUGCAUCCAGAUUAUUCAUUAGGGUGCCCCAAGAAUUGAAAGAUGUGUACUUGGAUAUAUUUAUGAGGAAAAUACAGAUAGCUGUGAUAAAGAACAAGAUAUUCAAGAAAAUUAGAAAUUUGUUACCUUGAGGAACUGCUGAUUUUUCCAAGAGAUUAUUGGUUGUAGAAGGUGUAUCAUGGAAAUUAUUAUUUUUUCCAAAUUCUUUCCAAAUAAAAAAUACUAUCUCCAAAUUAAUUUUUAGAAAUGAAAAGAGCUAGUGUCUUGUCCUGUUCAGAGUAGAAAAUGUAAGAAUAGGGGCACAGAAUCUGAAGUAUUUUCUGGUGACUUAAGUUUUAUUGAAAGUUUCAAAAGAUUGGUAAUGGAUUUCAUAAUGUAGAUCAGUUGAUGUAACUAGGUUUUCUGCAUAUACAGCUUUUACCAAGUGAUGCAUUGAUAGAAGCAAAUUUAAUCCAUAAACAAUUUUGUAAUGUUGCCUACUAUUCCUCUCCAAAAGCAGUUUCUUAAUAGUGCCUAAAAAAUAGUCAACUGUUUUAUUGUCUUUAGCGUUAACUGCCGAUUAACCUUUAAUAAUUGUAAUUACUUCAAACCUGUGCAAACAAAUUGUUUGGACUUUGGGUACUUACCCUAAAUUUUGUACUAAAGUUUUCCAUUUGGUUUUUAAGUUUUUUAAAUCUGCUAGGUUAUGAUAGCAGCUCUAAAGAAUGUUUACAAGAUAUAGAAUGUUAACUAGUGCUCUUGAUGUAUCAUUAUGCAUAUUGCAGAAUUGCUUUGCACUGUUUCUCGUUCAUUUUAUUGGUUUGAAUGUAACAUCAUAUAUAUGGGCAUCAUGUCAUGUAUGAUAUAGGAAUAAUAAUGUCUUUCAUGACAUGUGGAGCACAUUAUGCACUAAAGUUUUUUGUUUUUAUCUGCCAGCUUCUCUCUCUCUUGAUCUCUGAUGAGGAUUUUGCCUUCAAAAAACAUCAUGACAUAGCUGAAGCAAAAAGAAGUAACAUGAAUUUUACCAACAGUGCAAAGAAUAAGUGCUUGUGUUCAUAUUGAACUUGAACUGUAUUCUAUUAUUUUUUCAUGAAGAAAAAUGAUGUUAUUAGGAUAAGUACGUACCUUGAAAUGUCGUGAUUGAUAAAAGCUGAAUAUUUUUUUAUUAAGAUGCAGUACUUUUGGUGUGGUAUUUUUGUGCUUGUAUGUGUAUAUGUAGUGUGUGUGUAUACUAUCUGUAUUAGGCAGUGCAAACAGACAUAUUGUGUUUAUGCUUUGUGUAUAUAUGUAUGUAUGUGCUUGGCAAGGUCCCUAAGAUGUCAGGAGUUAUUUUAUAAAUUUCCAGUUAAACUAACAGAAUUCACCAGUUAAACAGAGCUUGUGGUAACUUUCAUAACAGCAUCUCUCCAUUUCAUGAUUAGUGGUCUGGGUGAAUUACUUUAAAAUAGUUUUGAAUUCUGUAAGUCUUACUGUAAGGGGUUCCAUGUAGUACUUCAUAUCUUCAGCUGUUUACAGAAAGUCUGGUAUUUUGGUUAUACCAGGAAUUUGAAAUCUGCUAAAUCUAGCAAAACUACUGGUUCCUAUCUUGCAUAUUAAAAUAAAUCUUGUAAUACAUAGACUGAAGUACAUGGUAUCCUCAUGUUUAAAUGAGAGCAUUUCUUUUAUUCGCAAGUCUGGGAUUCCUUUGUAAGGGGAAUGAAGAUAAUAGAGGUACACUCCAUUCAGACCUUCUCAGGUUGGAAGCCAGUUUUUAUUUAUUUGUUUUUUACUGAAUUAUCAAAAUGAAGAAUACCAUAGUUGUCACGCCAGAGUAGUUGCAAAGUUUAGGGUUGACUUAUUCAAGGCCUGGUAGGCUUGAUGGGUCAUGAAGGUAGAUGUCCUGUAAAAGGGUUAUUGCUCUUCUUUCUUAGUGACAACUCCAUUUCUUUCUCUGUUACUGGCAGAGUUUGAGCUCUGUUUUUGGUAGUAAGAGAAGUUCAUCCUUUGUUUUCAGGCUUCUACAGCUGCCAAUUUGUGGUUGUGAAAGCUUUAGGUUCUUGAGUCUCAUGCCUUUAAAGAUUGAGAUGAUGGACUCCAAGAAAAUUCUUUGGGAUUGUGAUACCAAGAAAUAAACUAUCUUAGCAUUUCUUGACCUAUCAGAUGCAAAACAAUAGUGAUGUAUUAUAUAAAUACAUCACUCACUUAAGUUUUAAAUAUGAAUUAUAUAUGAAUGCAUUAGUUGAAUGGUUAAAUCUGGAAUGCAAACUUGACCUCAUAGGAGUGAAAAAAUCAAAAGUUUUUAAAUUUCUUUGGUUUUAUCAGUCAUUAAAGCUGUUCUCCUGGCAGUUUGUGUGGCAUUUCUGAAAAUGAAAAAGGUAACAAUGGUUAUAUCUGAGCUUUCUUAGAGUAAGGUUUGAAAUUCUUUUACCGGCGUCUGAAAUUGUUUCUUAAGAGACUGCUGGUAUUUUGCCUGUUUGCCUAAUGAUUCUUGAUAAAUUUCUGAAUUGUAUUGGAUUACUAGAAAAACUGGUGUGUGAAUGACUUUCACAAUGGUCAUGCUUUUGGGUAAAAGAGAAGGAAACAAAAUGCAAGGGAUCAUCUGUAAAGAAUGUAGGAAUAAGGCUCCGUUGGCUGGAGUUUUGAGACAGAAGUGCUGGAUGAUUUUGUUACUCUACCACCACAAUGAUAGUCCCUUUUGUGGUAUGGUGACUUUCUUUUCUUUCAGGACCAAGCUUUGGAACUCCCCUCUUUUGGUUUCUUUUUCCUUGACCCUAAUAUUCUCCCAUGUUUCAAGAGAGUGAGGCAUCACCUGAUUUGGCUUAAGUUUUACUUUAAUUCGGUUACUGCUAGUCCUUGGCUAGUUUAGUUACCUGCUCUUUUGGUCUGGACAGUAAAAAAGUAAAUUAAGAAAGGCUAGUUUUGUGUUAAUUAGCAUUUUUAAAAGGUCCUCAGUGAAAGUUUAUCGUAAAGGAUGUUAACUUUUGAAUUCCUGAGUUAUCUUCAUGGAAAUUUGGACAGCCAAUCCUCGAAGUGGGCUGCGGUAUGCAGAAGCAGCCAGUAUUCCUCACUUGAUUGGAAAAAAAAAUGGUUCACUUUACUUUGUAUACCAUUUUCUUGCUCUCUCGUGUGAGUAAAGCUUUAUAUGUCUAGAUUUCAUCAUCUCGGUAAACCCUGUAUCUCAACCGUAAGUUUGAUUUUUUGUUGGUGUCAGAUUUUAUCAAAAUAUGGAGUAAAUGUUUUGACUUUGAAAAUUCUUGGGGAGAACUUUUAAAUUUGUAUAUGAAGUUUUAUUAAUACAACAAUUAGGCCAACAUUCCUUGGGAUUGCCUGUGGUUCAUUUAGAAUGACUGCCCAUCAGUAAAUUUAUCAAGUUCAGAAGCUUAAUGGUACUACCAUGGAUGGAUUAGUAUCAAGCAAACUCACAUACAUGUAUACAUACGUAUAGGCUCAAUUUUUAACAAGAAUAGUUUUUGCCUAGGUGUUAAGUGUGUGUAUGCAGCAAAUACUGCUUAUGCACAACAUUGUAUUUAUAUAGUAUAAGGUAUUGUGUCAUCAUGCUAGCUUGUCAGUUUCACUGUAUAUAUUUAAUGUAUACGUAUAACUGUUUAGCAAAAAAGUGUGCGUUCAAGACCUAAAUAUGCAUGCUGUAUACUGUAUUUUAUGCAUUAUAGCAUACAUUGUUGUGGAUUUAAUGAAAUUUGGAUAGUUUCAUUUGCACUUGCUUCAGUUUAACAGAAGUAUUAGCAGAGUUUUAUAUUUCCAAAGUUCAUUGUUGUGUGAAAUUUAUUUUCCAACCACUUUGGCAUAGAGCAUAUAUUACAGUAAGAUAAUCUUAGGUUUUGCACUGCCAAUACUCAUCAGUACAAAAACAGAGUUUUUUGAGGAAUGUUGGAGGUUUGUCUGCACAAACCAAUCUGGCCAGCCCUUUUAAAAUUAAGAACUUCAAAUCAGUGGGCUGGUUAAACAACUGUAAUAAUUGUAACAAUAAUAAUAAUAAUAAUAAUGUUAAAAAAUCCACAAUUAUAUAUUAAAAUAUAUUUCUAUGUAAAAAACAAAGACUUUCGAACACCUGAAUGGUGUGCCUCAUCAAUGUAGACAUUUUAAUGCCUACACUGAUGAGGAAAACCAUUCAGGUGUUCGAAAGUCUUUGUUUUUUACAUAGAAAUAUAUUUUAAUAUAGUAUAAUUGUGGAUUUUUUAACAAUUUGUUCAUCACGAGACUGAAUUUCUUAACAUUAAUAAUUAUGAUAAUUAUUAUAAUAAUAAUAAUGAUGAUAAUUUUUAUAGCCAGUGUAAUAAAUCUAAUCUGUCUUUUAGUAAAUAUAGGUGGCAAAGUAAAGGUGAUCAUAAUGUUUUUAUGAGAUAUUGCUUUUGGCAAUAUCAUGUUUUACUGAUAAACUAAACUGUGUUCUUGUACAGUGUGUCAAGUGUCAAGGUGUACUGGUAAGUGUUAAUGUUUAUAAACAUCCUGUUUUAUAUGAUAAAGUGUCAAAUAGUAGAUUUAUAAUGUUUUCAGUGAUAUGAAAUUUUUUGUAUGAUGUAGAUUACCAAGUAGGUACUGUAUUGUAACUGUACUUGGUUGCAGGUCAAAUAUUAGUUAAUGUAACUAUACGUAUAGAGAGUGGUACUUGGGGCAUGCGGUAAUUAUUUGUUCAUGUUACUGAAAGUUGUUAUAUAGUUUAUAGUGCUUUUGUGUAUUGUAGUACUGUACUUUUAGGUCUGCAUUACAAGAGACAAGCCUCAACUAAUGCUUAUUUAUGGUAUAGUUUUGAGAUGUGUUUCAGGGAUAUAUAUUCGUUCGAUAUUUUAAUUUUUUCAUCGCUGUAACUCUGCUUAUGUAUAGAAUUAGAUCUUUGGUUAGAAUAAAGUUGUUCAUUUA